AUAGUAUUGCAUUUGCUUGUGUGCGCGAGCGCAGCAGCAGCAGCAUGCGGCGUGACGUCAGGAACGGAAGGCGUUCCUGGGGGCGUGGCUCCGCUCCGUCCGCUCCACUGUUUCAUGUGGCUGUUGAGCAGGAGCCUCAUUGCGAACUGCGGCGGCUGCUUAGAUACUGACACACACACACACACACACACACACAGCUUUAUUUUAUUUUAUGUUCCACAACCGACAUAUGAUUUAACAGUUACGAUCCUGUAGUAAACAGAUCGGGGAAGCUUCAAACGGGUAAAGCGAUUGAUUGUCUCGGACGGACGUCGAGUAAACAACCGCGCGCUCUCCCGGCUACAGGUAGCUCGCUCUCCCGGGGCUGAGAGUAUCAAGUGCGGGUCAUGCGGGUGUAUCCGGACGCAGGGCGAAUCGUGUCCCAGCGCUGCUAGUUCUCCGACAAGCCGAUCAUUACUUCGCCUCCGGUGGACGCGGAACCGAGGAAGAGCCAUGUCCCGUAGGAAGCAGAGUAAACCUCGUCAGAUCAAACGCUCUAUUGGGGAUCUUGAUGGUGGAGAAGAGAAUCCACCUGAUGAUGUCAGUCUCUCAGGGGAAGAGGCAGGUGCCUCGGACCAGGAUGACUCUGCGGAGUGCGACGAGUCCAGUCCCUCCUUUGUGCCUCUUUACAAUGAAGAGCCCAGAACUCACGAGUCUUCAGACACACCAGACGUUGAUGAGGAAGAUGAAAAAGGCUGGAAAGCCAGUGAUGAGGAAGAGCAGCAGAUGGAAGAGGAGAAGGAGGAGGAGGAUGAAGAGAAGGAGGAGGAAGUGGAGCCAAACUGGAAUGGCCCAGAUGAUUUGAAGCUCUCAGAUGGACCAGAGGACUCUAAAGUUCUGGCCUGCAAGGACCUGUUGGUGGACACACUCUGGGGACCUUUCUCUGGAAGCAUCCAAUCAGAUGAAAAUACAAAUGGAGUAUCCACUCAGAGUCUGGUGUGUGAUGGUGAGGACUGUUGGCUCACAAGAAUCCCUUUGACCUCCUCUUCCUCAGAAGCAAACUGCAUCAUUUACAGUCAAGAUGAUGGUCUGUACUGUAAGCUCACGCAGGAGCUCUCUAGUGGAGAUGCUUUGGUGGCCAUCAUUUUGUGGCCCAGCGGAGGGCAGCACGCUGUGACUCAAACUAAUAACCCCGCAGUGAAAGAGGAGCCGGUAUACCCAGCAACCCUGCCUUCUGAUAUCCAGCUCCUCCCUCAGCAGGCUGGCAUGGCUGCCAUUUUGGCAACUGCAGUUGUUAACAAGGAUAUCUUUCCAUGCAAAGACUGCGGGAUCUGGUACAGAAGUGAGAGGAACCUGCAAGCUCAUCUCAUGUACUACUGUGCCAGCCGACAGAAACAAACGGCCACAGCUUCCCCUCCACAGGACAAGCCCAAAGACUCCUACCCUAAUGAGAGGGUGUGCCCUUUCCCCCAGUGCAACAAGAGUUGCCCUAGUGCUAGCUCACUGGAGAUCCACAUGAGGACACACAGUGGGGAGCGUCCAUUUGUCUGUUUGAUCUGCUUGUCGGCAUUCACUACCAAGGCUAACUGUGAGCGGCAUUUGAAGGUGCACACUGACACUCUGAAUGGCCUGUGCCACGGCUGUGGAUUCAUCUCUACAACUCGAGACAUUCUCUACAGCCAUCUGGUCACUAGCCACAUGGUCUGUCAGCCUGGUUCUCGCAGUGAAGGCUACUCCCCAAAACUUCCAGUGGCUUCAGGCCUGAGUCCGGGGGACUCUGGCAUAUUGCUGAAGUGUCAAGUGUGUGGAUUUUCAGCAGACACCCCUGCUCUGCUCCAACAGCAUGUCCAUACCCACCUGGAGAUCAGGGUUCCUGUUGAAAGGAGCCACACACCUCGCCAAGGUAGCCCUGUAACCUCAGAUCUCUCAGAGCCUCAGGACCAAGAGUUAUCAGCCAGCAUGCCUAGACCAGACUCUUCUAGCCCUGGGGCCAAUGGUGGAGCAGCCACCUCCCGUGGCUGUAGUUCUCCAGAGCAGCUGAAGAUCAAGGAGGAGCCACAGUCUGACUCAGAGAAUGAAUCAAGGGGUGAAGAGCAGGAUGGCAAUCAUAGUGCAAAUGCUACAGAGCCAAGCUCUCCACAUCAGUCCUCUCCUACGAGUCCUACAGUCAUUGCAGUAAAAGCAGAGCCAUCCAGUCCUUCUCCAGGCUCUAGCCCUGUUCACUUGGGAGCAGGGGCAUCAGUGUUACCUGGUGGAGCUUUGUUUCUUCCCCCAUAUCUUUUUAGCCCUGAGGCUGCCAUUAUGCCCCAGGCAUCUGAAAUCCUGGCCAAAAUGUCAGAGAUGGUUCAUAGCAGGCUGAAGAGUGGGCAGGUCCCAGCAUCUGCACAAGGCUUCUACUCUUCAGGCUCUCCUGGUGGCGUGCUCAAGGGAGCAACAUGCUUUGAAUGUGACAUUACCUUCAAUAACAUCAACAACUAUUAUGCCCACAAAAGAUUGUACUGCUCAGGCAGACACCAGCAAGGGGAAGGGUCAGGCCUGGUAACAGAUGAUCCAGUAACUGCAGCAGCCCUUUCAGGUCAUGAUGCCUCACCACAAACAGGACCAGCCAAUUCAACAUCAGCUUCUCCUAGUCACACUGACUCUGCGGUGGCAAUUACCGAUACCAAACCAGCCGAGGUAAAGAGUGAGACUCCAGGACUGAAAGACACUGCAUGUUCAUCUUCUUCAGAGGGUGAGGGUGCUGGAGGGGGUAGGGUAAGUGAGGGGAGCCAGAGCCCUGCAGAAAGGAGUGGAUCUGCUGAAGACCUGGAUGAGGAUACCACUCGAACAUUCUGCCAGGCCUGCAAUAUUCAUUUCAGCAGACAUGAGAACUACAUUGUCCAUAAGAGAUUUUAUUGUGCCUCACGUCAUGACCCUUCCAACCAGCGCCUCUUGGCAGGCAAAGCUGCCUUUGUGCCACAACCCAUUCGCACACGGAAACGCAAAAAGAUGUAUGAAAUUCAUAUGGCACGGAAUGAAGCCCUGGCCAGUGCAGCUGCCCUUCCUGCUGUACCAGGCAUGCCAGUGAAACAAGAAGGUGCCAGUGGUCAUUCUGGGACACCUGUGGCCACAGCUCCAAGCUCUACUUGCAGCUCUAGUCCAGAAAGUGAUGGCCCAAUUGACCUUAGCAAAAAGCCUUGCUUGCGAGAGAACUCAAGAGGAAAUAAUAUUCCAGCAUUGCCACUCACAGAUUACCACAAGUGUACAGCCUGCAGUAUCAGCUUUAACAGUAUUGAGAAUUACUUGGCCCACAAAACGUACUAUUGCCCUGCCACCGCCUUGCAGCCUCAAACCCGGGAGCAGUUGCAUCGGCUUAAGAGACCCGCUUCUACUUCCCCUAAGAAUCGAGUUCCUGAUCUGCAUCCUGACACCAAAAGCCACCAAACUGGAAAGCCUACAGUGGUCCCUCACACCUCUGUCUUACCCAGUCUGGAGUCUACCUCUCAUUCUAUGCCUGGGGUGAAGACCCCAAGCACUCCUCCUGUGAUUUGUCCUUACUGCCCUUCUAAUCGGCCAGUGACCUCUGAUCUGGUGGAGCAUUUUAGGACAGCUCAUGGGCUAGUCCUUGCCACACAGCAGCAGUCAGAGGUCCAACCACCCAAUGUUAGUCCCAGCAACAGCCUCAAUACUCGCAAUGGAGCUCCACUAACCCCUCCUAAACCUGGCCCCAGGCCCCAGAGGGAUGGUGUAAAUGGCCAGAACAAGAGGGAUGCUGCCUCGCCCUCCUCCCCCCUGCUUAAUGGAAGCCCUAUAGCACAACAUCCUAUUGGGACUGGCUCUCCUAAAGCAGCCCCCCCUGCUCUCUCCCCCACAGGCUCAGUUUCCCUGACUGUGUCGCCUGUGUCUGACACUUUGAGAGAGAUAGGGUCACAAGGACAUACCACCACUCACUUGGUUCUCCCAGAGAAAGCUGUGAGCCACAUAUCCCCGACCACUCCAAAGGCAGUCCUUGCAACAUCUUUACAAAAUGGGAAUACUCGCUACUGUCGGCUGUGUAACAUCAAAUUUAGCAGCCUGUCCAACUUCAUUGCACACAAAAAGUACUACUGCUCCUCCCACAGUGCUGAACAUGUCAAAUGAGCCUACCCUUUACACCGUUACUCUCAACUCUGCAAGUGCCAUGUGUCAUAUGUGCAAGUGGCUUUGCCUUGCCCAAUCUCAACAUUGUAUGAAAGUGGGACUGUUACUAUCUAGGAGCUGAGGUUGCACUGCCAACCUUACUGUUUCUGCUGUUGUUACUAUGGUAACUUAUUGCUUAUUAAGGGUCACGUUUAUAUUACACUAAAUAAAGAGACAUUCUAUCUUUA